AUGACUGCUGCCGGAAAGGGGCAUGACAUGAUCUGUCAGAAGGCUGUGUCUCUCAUAGUUGACCUCUGUACGCAGGACAGCCCGCAGCUGGACCACAACACCUGUGAGGAGUUCCUCUUUCUCAUCUCCAAUCAAGAGUACAACCACAAGGAUUCGGACAUCGCUGUUGGUCUCCCCAUCGGUGUGAUAAUAGCGUGUGGCUUGGCGCUGCUGUUGCUCGCUGCAUUCGUCUCCUGGAAGCUGUGCUGGGUCCCUUGGAGGAACAAAGCCCUCUCGUCGAGUUCUGCGGCCCUCGCACCUGACGACUGCCCCUCGGUUCAUUUACCAUCUCUUCUGCCCAGUCCUCAGCCGUCUGAGGUCAAUAUGGCGACAGAGAAGGAAAAGUAUCCUUUGGCAUCAAUGGGCUUCCUGGAGGCAGCUGUUAAAAUAAGUCAGACCUCUCCCGACAUCCCUGCUGAGGUGCAGCUCUCCAUGAGGGAGCACUUCCUGCGCCGUACGCAGCGCAUGCAAAGACAGACCACAGAGCCGGCGUCAUCCACCAGGCAUAGUUCCUUCAAACGUCACCUUCCUCGUCAAAUGCAGGUAGGGAGUCUGGACCUGGGAGAUGACUAUGAUGUGGAUGAGCAGCCAACCAGCAUUGGCCGUAUCAAGCCUGAACUCUACAAGCAAAUGACCACAGACAACGACGAAUCCGGCAAUAGCAAAGGUGGCAAAAACUGCGGCAAGAUCAACUUUUCCCUCCGCUAUGACUAUGAGAAUGAGAUGUUACUUGUCAAGAUACUCAAGGCAUUUGAUCUCCCAGCCAAGGACCUUUGUGGCAGCUCUGACCCAUAUGUCAAGAUCUACCUGCUGCCGGAUCGGAAGAAGUUCCAGACACGAGUCCAUCGUAAAACACUCAACCCCACGUUUGACGAGUCCUUCCAGUUCCCGGUACCCUACGAUGAGCUUCCCAUCAGGAAGCUCCAUCUCAGUGUUUUCGACUUUGACAGGUUCUCACGGCACGAUAUGAUCGGAGAAGUCAUACUGGACAAUCUGUUUGAAGUGUCUGAUCUCUCAAGGGAGACCUCCAUCUGGAGAGACAUUCAGUAUGCUACCUCUGAAAGCGUGGACCUUGGGGAGAUCAUGUUCUCACUCUGCUAUCUACCUACAGCAGGCAGAUUAACACUCACUGUCAUCAAAUGCAGGAACCUAAAGGCAAUGGACAUUACAGGAUAUUCAGAUCCCUAUGUGAAAGUAUCCCUCAUUUGUGAUGGAAGACGCCUGAAAAAGAAGAAGACCACAACAAAGAAAAACACCCUGAAUCCCACUUAUAAUGAGGCCAUUAUCUUUGACAUCCCUCCAGAGAGCAUGGACCAAGUCAGCUUGCAGAUCUCAGUCAUGGACUAUGACCUGGUGGGGCACAAUGAGAUAAUUGGUGUGUGCCGUUUGGGCAGUGGUGCUGAAGGUUUAGGUAGAGACCACUGGAAUGAGAUGCUUGCAUAUCCCCGUAAGCCAAUUGCACACUGGCACCCCCUGCUGGAAUCUAAGAAAUCAGAAAAACAGUGGAAAGCUAGAACGGCCAGUUUUGACAGUCAGGGGUCUUGUCCCUCCCCCAAACCUCCUGCCAGCCCUUGAUCAGAGCCAUAUGUAAAACUACAGGCUCAGCAUCCUCUGUUUGUCACUCCGAUGAAAACGAGAGCCCUGCUAUUUCAAUUUUCUCCUAUGGGUUGCUUUAGAUGGUUCCCAAACACUGAUCUAAGAUCCUGCUGUCUUUGCCCUGAUGUUCACCAUGUUCAAGCUGUUCCAGUUCGUACGAUCCUCAGUCAAUUCUUAGGAGUGUUUUACAAACCUCUGUACCUAGAAUACUAUUCAAAGCCAAUGUUGUGUACCUAGAAUAGGUUGGUAUCGUCAGCGGAGAUGUUUCUUUCCCAUAUGAAUUUUCCUGAAGUAUUGAAAUCCGAUGCAGUGUUCUGCAAGCAGUCUAUGCGCAAACAGACGUUUCUGCACAACACUGCAAGGCUCUUUGUAGAUGGCUCUGCUCUGAUCUAAAGACUUUGAAAGUUGGAUCAACUCUUGGAAGUACUGGGAAUGAGGUCAGAAAGGUUGGUGUAUACAGUAAAAUACUGAGGGAAAGGACAUUGUUUUGUGUGAAUGAGAAAAAGAAAGGAAUGGAUUUGUCAUGUGCUGUAUACUACGAACAAACCCUUUUCUUUGUCAAAUCCUUGUAUGAAAACUGUGUGAAGGUACACAUUUUAUGAAGAAUAUUUGAAUAUUUAUCAGUUUAUAGAUGUUGUAUAAAUGUUAUGUGUAAAAAGAGACUAAAUUUAUCGGAGCACAACAAACUUUUCCUAUCCAUUAAUACUGUAUCUUGCCAAAACAAAGACGUUUACUUGUAAAGAAGUUCCCGUUCGCACACAAAAACACUUCAAAUGUAGCUGAAAAAACUUUUGAUUACAUUAAUAUUCAUCGGCGAGACCUUGAGUACAAAAGUGGGCAUUUAAGGUAAAAGUGCUGAAAUAUUCAUAGAGGUCUGAUUUGAUUUAUGUGGCUUUUAUUCACUUUGUUACAAUAGCAUUUAAAGAGCUACAGAAGCGGUUCUGAAUAUUAGUAACACUACUUUAAUAGCAAUUCAAUUCCUUUUUCAAUCUUCCUGCUGUUUCAAUCUAAUGUUGACAUCUCAUUCAUCUUUUGACAUGUAAUUUCAUUGUAAGUAAAAUUGGACUGUCAAAGUUUUCUGUAUUUUGACACAUUGUCUGGGAAAAUGUCUUGAGUAAACAAUGUAUGCUCAAACUUAUAUAUAUAUAAUAUAUAUGUUUGUGUGUGUGUGUGUGUGUGUGUGUGUAUUCAUAUUCUGUAUUGCAUAAAAGAGCAGGAUUAACAUUACAGCAUAAAAAUAUAGGCAAUUAAUUUUACGUUCCUCUUCAGAUUUAAAUUUUUAUUUGCUUGUUUGAUUUUAAUGUAGACAAAAGGGAUACUUGAAACUAUGUGAAUUAAACGGUGAAUCAGUUAUCUGUAUAACUCAACUAUUUGACUGAUCAGUUUCUGUAAAUUAAAAAGAAUAAAAAAAGAAUGCCAUAUUGCCCAAUAAUUAAUUUUAUAAUAUGUAAUGCACAACAAAGUUAAACUGAGCAAUCAAAAUAAUAAAUAGUAUUACUUUUUGGAUUUUUAAUGUCAUAAAUGGUUUAACAAAAUUCAAUACUUUCAUUGCCCGCAAUAUUUUAUUUUGUUUAUCCCUGUGGUUUUAAUAAUUUUGUUUUACAUGGUUAAUUCAUACAUAACAGAACAUAGGCAAACCCCUGCUAAAUGCUUAUUUAUGAUUACUGAAGUUAAAUUCAUUCAUUCAUUUAAAAAAGAAGAAGUAGUUACAACACUGUAUAUGCUGGAAACAAAUGACAUAAAUGCAUAGAACUUCUGUUCAAGCUCCUGGACAUUUUGACUCUAUGUUUCAAACACAGAAAUUCACAGAAAUUCAAUGCGCGUACAAAUGCACAAGAGCUGACCCUUGAUAGAAACAACCUACUAUGCAGGAAGUCAAUUGACAGAUGGUGGGCACGGUUCAAGAUACCAGAGCAAAGACUUUACACUGAUCUCCAGCUGGUGUUGCUGAAAUAUCUUAAAAUAUACAUGGCACUUGGGGCUAGUUUUACACAAUGUCCCCCAUCAUCCCCUACGGUAUCUGUUAAGCUUUAAAUAUUUCUAUAUAGUAAAAUAGAUUUAAUAUUUUAACAGAAUCUUUAAAAAUUCCAAGUCAACUUGUUGAAGAAAUGGUUGUGACAAAGUACAACUUUUGGUCCCAUUUUUACAAUAUCACCAAUGUUGUAAUACUCCGAAAACAAGAGUGUGUUUCUGUAGGUGAAUGUAAAAUUAAUAAGGUUUAGAUCUGGUUCUUUACCUCAUCACUAACUUUUGUGUGCUGGUGUUUUUGCCCCCUUGUGAAUCUGAACAACUUUCUAAUUUUGUAUUGAUCAUUUGUACUUGCAAUAUAACUUGUAAUGUUUGAAAAAGUUCUUGUAUUUCAAAAAUGCCAAAAUAAAAUGUUGGUUCAGUCAUUUCAA